UGGUGGUGAAUAUAUGUGCCAGGAUAUUGAAUCACCAGAUCCAUAUGUUUGUCGUGAAUAUUAUGAAGGACCAAAUGAUGGUAUUACAAAUUUUGAUAAUUUUGGUCUGGCUAUGUUGACCGUAUUUCAAUGUGUUACAAAUGAAGGUUGGACCGAUGUGCUUUAUUAUAUUAAUGAUUCUGUUGGAAAUUCAUGGCCUUGGAUAUAUUUUAUCAGUCUUAUUAUAUUGGGUUCAUUUUUUGUUAUGAAUCUUGUAUUGGGUGUUUUAAGCGGUGAAUUUUCAAAAGAAAGAGAAAAAGCUAAAGCACGUGGUGAUUUUCAUAAAUUACGUGAAAAACAACAAAUUGAAGAAGAUUUACGUGGUUAUCUUGAUUGGAUAACACAGGCCGAAGAUAUUGAUCCAGAUGAUAAAGAUAAUGGUGGUGUUGGUGGUGUUAGUGGUGGUGGUGGUGGUGGUGGCGGUAGUAGUGGCGGUAAUCGUGGUCGUGAACGUGGACAAGACAAUGAAGAAAAUCAAAUCGAAGGUGAUGAAAAUGAAAAUCAAGAAAAACAACCAUCAUAUUGGACAAUGAAAAAAAUACAAUUAUCACGUAUAAAUCGUCGUAUGCGUCGUGCAUGUAGAAAAAUAUGUAAAUCACAGGCAUUAUAUUGGACAAUAAUUGUACUUGUAUUUUUAAAUACAUUAACAUUAGCAUCCGAACAUUAUAAUCAACCACAAUGGUUGGAUGAUUUUCAAGAAGUAGCUAAUGUUGUUUUUGUUACAUUAUUUUUAUUAGAAAUGUUGCUCAAAAUGUAUUCAUUAGGUUUAAAGGGUUAUUUUUUUUCAUUAUUCAAUCGUUUUGAUUGUUUUGUUGUUAUUAGUUCAAUUAUUGAAUCAAUAUUAACAUAUUCAGAUAUAAUGCCACCAUUAGGCGUAUCAGUGCUUCGUUGUGUACGUUUACUACGAAUUUUUAAAGUGACCAAAUAUUGGCUAUCGUUACGAAAUUUAGUUGCAUCAUUAAUCAAUUCAAUGCGUGCAAUUGCAUCAUUAUUAUUAUUAUUAUUUUUAUUUAUUGUUAUAUUUUCAUUAUUGGGUAUGCAAGUAUUUGGUGGAAAAUUUAAUUUCCCUGAACAAAAACCUCGUCAUAAUUUUGAUUCAUUUUGGCAAUCAUUAUUGACCGUAUUUCAAAUAUUGACCGGUGAAGAUUGGAAUGUUGUUAUGUAUGAUGGUAUUAAAGCAUAUGGUGGUGUUUCAAAACCUGGUAUAUUAGCUUGUGUUUAUUUUAUUAUUCUAUUUAUUUGUGGUAAUUAUAUAUUGCUCAAUGUUUUCUUGGCCAUUGCUGUUGAUAAUCUUGCUGAUGCUGAAAGUUUAACAAUUGAAAAAGAAGAUGAUGAAGAAGAAGAAGAUGAAGAUGAAGGUAUUGAAGUAUUAACACCAGAAGAAAUGGCUAAACGUGAAAUUGAACAACGUCGAUUACGAAGAAAAUUACGUCGUCGUCGACGAAGAAAACGAUUGAAAAAAUUACAAAUGUUACAACAACAACAACAAAAAGAAACAACUAAUGAAGAGCUUAGUGCAAAUACUGGUGGUGGUGGUGGUGGUGCAGAUGAAUCAAUAAUCAAUGAUAAUCAAAUGUUGACAAUCAAAUCCGAAAAUAAUAAAGAUAAUGAUGAUGAGGAAUCGACCGAUGAUAAUGAAGAUGAUGAAGAUGAAGAUGAUGAUGAAGAGGAUGAUGAUGAUGAUGAUGAUGAAAAAGAAAAUAAUAUGAAAAUUGGUGCCCGUCCAAAACGUCUUUCGGAAGUAAAUAUACCGAAAAAAAUACCACCAAUACCUAAAUCAAGAUCAUUUUUUAUAUUUUCACAUACAAACAAAUUCCGUGUUGCCUGUCAUCGUUUUAUAAAUCAUAAUUAUUUUGGUAAUAUUGUUUUAGUUUGUAUUAUAAUCAGUAGUACAAUGUUGGCAGCUGAAGAUCCAUUAAAUGCUGUUUCUUAUCGUAAUAUUAUUUUAAAUUAUUUUGAUUAUUUUUUCACAACAAUAUUUACAAUUGAAAUAUCGCUUAAGACAAUCACAUAUGGUGUUAUUCUACAUAAAGGAAGUUUUUGUCGUAGCUAUUUUAAUCUACUUGAUAUACUUGUUGUUUGUUGUUCAUUAAUUUCAUUCUUUUUUUCAAAUGGUACAUUUUCUGUUAUCAAAAUUCUUCGUGUUUUACGUGUAUUACGUCCACUUCGUGCUAUAAAUCGUGCCAAAGGUCUUAAGCAUGUCGUAUCCUGUGUAAUCGUGGCCAUUAAAACCAUCGGUAACAUCAUGUUGGUAACAUUCUUGCUCAAUUUUAUGUUUGCUGCAAUUGGCUGUCAGCUAUUCAAGGGUACAUUUUUCGAAUGUACAGACAUAUCGAAAAGUGUUGAAGAAGAAUGCCAAGGAUUCUUCAUUUCAUAUGAUGAUGAAGGAAAUCCAGAAAUAUUUGAACGUAAAUGGGAUCGUAAUAAAUUUCAUUUUGAUGAUAUUGGUGCAGCAAUGUUAACACUUUGUACUGUAUCAACGUUUGAAGGAUGGCCAGACCUGUUACAUCGAUCAAUUGAUUCACAUGCAGAAAAUUAUGGUCCAGUUUAUAAUAAUCGUCCAUAUGUAGCAAUAUUUUAUAUUAUUUAUAUAAUUGUUAUUGCAUUUUUUAUGGUCAAUAUAUUUGUCGGGUUUGUUAUUGUUACAUUUCAAAAUGAAGGUGAACAAGAAUAUAAAAAUUGUGAAUUGGAUAAAAAUCAACGUAAUUGUAUUGAAUUUGCAUUGAAAGCACGACCAGUUCGUCGUUAUAUACCAAAAGCACGUGUCCAAUAUAAAGUCUGGUGGCUUGUAACAUCACAUUAUUUUGAAUAUCUAAUAUUUGCAAUGAUUCUACUCAAUACAAUUACAUUGGCUAUGCGGUAUAAUGAUCAACCAGAAUCCUAUUCAUACGUGCUUAAUGUUUUGAAUAUAAUAUUUACUGCAUUAUUUACUGUUGAAUUUGUUUUGAAAUUAUUUGCUUUUCGUUUUAAGAAUUAUUUUGGUGAUCCUUGGAAUUGUUUUGAUUUUUUUAUCGUAUUAGGCAGUCUAAUCGAUAUUGUUUUUGAACAAAUUAAUCCACAUGAAUCAAAAGGCAAAGCAACUGUACGGCCAACAUUUUUACGUUUAUUUCGUGUAAUGCGUUUAGUAAAAUUAUUAAGCCGUGGUGAAGGUAUACGAACAUUGUUAUGGACAUUUCUUAAAUCAUUUCAGGCACUUCCAUAUGUUGCUUUAUUGAUAUUAAUGUUAUUCUUUAUUUAUGCUGUAAUUGGAAUGCAAGUAUUUGGAAAAAUUGGUCUUGAUGAUGAAACAAGCAUAACAAGAAAUAAUAAUUUUCAAACAUUUUUUCAAGCAAUAUUGGUAUUGUUUCGUUCGGCAACCGGUGAAGCAUGGCAAGAAAUAAUGAUGGAUUGUGCCGAUACGCAUGAUGUUAAAUGUGAUCCUAGAUCGGAUGAAGGUUCAAAAGAUCGUAAUGCAAAUUGUGGUUCAAUGUUGGCUAUUCCUUAUUUUAUUUCAUUCUAUAUAUUGUGUUCAUUUUUGAUUAUUAAUCUUUUUGUUGCUGUUAUAAUGGAUAAUUUUGAUUAUUUAACACGUGAUUGGUCGAUACUUGGUCCACAUCAUUUGGAUGAAUUUGUACGUUUAUGGUCGGAAUAUGAUCCUGAUGCUAAAGGACGUAUAAAACAUUUAGAUGUUGUUACAUUAUUAAGAAAAAUAUCACCACCACUUGGUUUUGGAAAACUUUGUCCACAUAGAGUUGCCUGUAAACGUUUAGUAUCAAUGAAUAUGCCAUUGAAUAGUGAUGGUACAGUAAUGUUUAAUGCAACAUUAUUUGCAAUAGUACGAACAGCAUUAAAAAUUAAAACCGAUGGUAAUAUUGAUGAAGCUAAUGAAGAAUUACGUGCUGUUAUAAGAAAAAUAUGGAAACGAACUAGUCCAAAAUUAUUGGAUCAAGUUGUACCACCUGCUACUGAUGAUGAAGUUACUGUUGGAAAAUUUUAUGCAACAUUUUUAAUACAAGAUUAUUUUCGUCGUUUUAAGAAAAAGAAAGAAGAACGUGAACGUAUGAAUAAUCGUGAUCUUGAAGAUACGGUUGCAUUACAGGCUGGCCUUCGUAGUCUACAUGAAUUUGGUCCGGAAAUUCGUCGUGCUGUAUCCGGAAAUUUGGAUGAAGAUAAUUUUGAAAAUGGACCAGAUUGGGAACCAAUGCAUCGUCGUAAUCAUACUUUAUUCGGUAAUGUUUGGUCACAAUUAUCAACAGUAAAAUUACGUAAAGCACCAGCUACAUUUCAUCAAAGUGAUGGUAAAGAUGAUCAUGAAUUUGUAUUUUCACGAGUACAAUCAAAUCAACAACAACGUAAUGGACGUAAUGAUAGGAAACCAUUUGAUGAUAAUGGUGAUGGUAAAACUGGUAAAACUGGUGAUAAAAAACAACAAUCCGGUGCUGUUGAUGCAUUAGUUGAUCGUAUAUUAAGGGAAGAAGGUCUUGGUAAAUAUAUUGAUUCAGCUGUAAUUCGUGCUGCACAACAAGAAUUGGCUGAAGUUUGUGAUUUAACACCUGAAGAAAUGGAUCGUGCAGCACAACGUCUUUUACAAUUGGAACAAAGAGCUCGUAAUAACCAGCAACACCAGCAACAAUCAACGAAUAAAUCAUCAUUAAAUAAUGAAAUGAAAAAGAAAUAAUGUUUGAAAACAAAACAACAACAACAACAACAACAAAAUUUCUGAUCAAAAAUCAUCAUCUGUCAAAGAUGAAAAAUUUGC